GACCGUAUGGUAUUCUUACACAGUAACUUGGGUAGAUUUCCUCCAAGCUUACGGAUACUCCAAGGCGAUGUCCGAUUUCUCAACUACGUGCGACCACUGGACAGUCCCCCCGAUGCAGCCGUCAACUCCCCUGGUACUCCUAGCUUGUGUCCCCGGAGUCGCCCAAGGCUCCUUAUUGGGCCUUUUCGGCCGGGGCGAUGGGAGGAUCACGACCAGCUCAGGCAACAGCAGGGAACUUGGAAGAGGUCUGGACCUCAACGGUUCUCGCCUGGGACUUUGGGACUCUGUCCUGGGACCCAGGGCUGUCACUGGCGUCAAUUUGAACAAUGCGCCCAGCAAUGGCACAAUCUUCCACAUGCCAUGCCAUCUCGCUUCCCUGCUUUCCAGCCCACAGCAGGUGACACCACGUUGGAACCCGCUGGAACGGCCCAAGACGCGAAGAGACCCCAAAAACCCCUCCGCUGGUCACUGACUCUCUCACCAUCGGAUGGGUACAAACAGGUCACACUGCCCUUCACAGUACGUCCCGACAAGCGGUGGGUACAUUCGUUCUGGUCUGGCAAUGGGGAAAGGUUCCUGUCGAUCUGGGUCUCUGGAGGCGCAGCAAGGGAGAGUGAGAGAGACUUCUCCAUCUCGCACAUUUCCAACGGCCGCCCUCCUCCGAAGCCCCCCGUUCGCAUUGGACUGAAUCGCAGCGAGGGCCCUUUUCGCCCCCCAUGGGAAUGUGCGAAUGCUUCUGCCGCUGCCGCUGACGCCCGGCUCAGCCUGUGAUUGCGUGCGCAACCAACAGCGUCCAUCCCUCCACCCUCCCUUCCAGCUCGUGUUCCAUUUCUC